AUGGAUACUGGAUCCAACAAAGGCCACCUAGAAUCGAGCGCUAGUUCUCCAUCUGAAAAUGACUGGGAGGACAUUGAAACAGGCUCGCACAUUUUGUCUAAAAUACAACACAGACUCCCCCGUCACAGACUUCUAUCCUAUACCUGCUGCCUUGGUAAACAAAGGCGUGCAGUCUACCCGUAUUUCUGCAAUCCUAUAGUCUCGAAACUUUCCACCGAGGAUGAUCUGCAGACCUUUAGAAACACGGUGUUUAAUUCAAGUCCAUUAAAUUCGGAUCACGUCCUCAGCUUUAACAUCACCGAAAGGCAUCUUAUGGAGAUUUUGCCUCAGAUCCCAGAUAAUCUGACACUGGGUUCAUCCGCCAUCCCCAAAGCCGCAGAACAGUCAACGAAGCUUGUGAAGAAGAUCUCAUUUAGUGAGCGAAAUACUAUUUUCACCUAUAACAGUUACGAAAGUAAAAAACGGCCCCUUAGCCCACAGCCAGAGCCGGCUCGCCACAAAAGUACAUUUGAUUCCGCUGAGUGUGGUGAAGUUGUUGAUUCAGUGCCUCUCUAG